CAGUCGCUCACGGCCUUUCGGGCGGGCCGCACGUAAUUUGAACGUCAAAUCCGGAUUUGACAUAAACAGUUGAUAGUUCAGUGUGUUUACGUCAUUGAUUGUGUGCUGGAGUGUCCACAGUGCAAAAACAAAUAUUGUGUUAAACGCUUGGGAUUUACCAAGGUUAGCAGUGUAGUGUUGCAAAAAAAAACGAGAGGAUCUUGAUGUUUUUGUACGACUAUCGUCACGCGCUGUGACUUUUUUUUGCUGAAACUGUAAUUAUUUUUCAACUGUAGAAGGACGUUCUAGUAUUCGAUCUUAUUCGUUCCUUGUUGAAAAACUAGAAACUUCACUUUAUUCGUGAAUGUUCAGUUCGCGUUUCCGAAUGAUUUGAGUAACACAAUUUUUGAGUAGGAAGCUGUUUCACCUUCGAAUCCGUACAAAAUUUGCAGUUAUAUAAAGUAAAUCAUAUAAAGCGACAGAGUACUUUCAAUAUUUGUUGAAAGUUCAGUGACUAUAAUUGCGAAAGUAACAAAAUAUUUUAUUCCUUAUAAACCCUACAGUUCAUGGUGCAAUCAACAAGUGUCAGUGGUUCAGUGUUAAUUUGGAGACAAUUAUUUUAAUAAACCAGUUCAGGAAAUUUAUCGAAUAUAUUAAACGUAAUGGAAUGAACAAGAAGAGAAGUAGAACUUCUGAUAUUCUUUGGUGAAAGGCCCAUUUUCCAAAGUGGCGAAGUCCGAGUCUCGUGUACAGUUAGUGGCCGAAGGGGAAGGUGAUGGGUGCUGUUCCUGCGCUGGUAUGAGGAUCGGUGACCUCGGAGGUGUGCUGCUCGAAGCCGCCAAGCUAACCAGAUCUUGGUUUUGCCAAAAACCUGGCUACGGCUUUUCGCAGAAGGUAGACGAAGAGGAGCCAGGCGGCGGGGUUCCGCUGCAUCCACCGGACGGCUUCUACACUCAUCAGCACUCGAUCCACGCGCAUCAUGCCCACACUGAGCCCGACCGAGGGUACAUGGAUGGCAACAGAUACGUCACCGAUGUCCAUCGACCGUUACCAGCUCUAAAUCAUUCGAACUCGUCAUGUUCGUCGGCGUCGAACGCGUCGACGGGCGCGGGUCUUUGCACGGCACAGGAGCCGGCGUCGCAGCUUUACAUUGCCGCGCCGCCGGAGGGCUUCGGCCUCGCCGUUCAUACCAACAGGCGUGGGACAGACGUAUCCAUCAUUGGUACGGCGGGGAUAACACAAAAAGACCCUAGUUUACCCCAGAAAAGGGGUAAACUAACAAGAGGCCGCUAUGAGAUGUCGCAGGACCUGCUCGAUAAGCAAGUGGAAAUCUUAGAGAGACGAUACGGAGGUCUCCGCGCCCGCAGGGCUGCCGUCACCAUCCAGCGCGCGUUCCGAAGGCGGCAACUGCUCAAGAAGUUCAGCGCGAUCACGGCUAUGGCCAAAGCUGCCGACUCGAAUGCGAGACGGCUACAAGACGGUCCCGAUCACGGUCAAUUAGUCAAUGGUACUGAUAUCUACGCGACUACGUUGCUACAAAAAAGUCCCAGCGGCACAGAAAAGAUGUUAGCUUUGACGAGACCCAUGAGGUCGAUGUCCUUGCGGGAGCGACACGAACCACCCGACAUGGGCAACCACUUGCAAUGCGACACGCACGACGUAGAAGCCAUGGUUGCUAGAGUUCAGCAGUCGGCUCACCAGAUCCACAUGAUCGCCACCGAUCUACCGCCCGGGGUGCUUCAUCCGGCUGACGCAGACAGCGGGGUUUGCAGUUGUUCAGUUAGCGGCUCCGUGACCAAUAUAUCGACUUCAUCAUCGCACAAUGAAUCUCUACACAAUCACCAGAUGAUGAAUACUGGUCCGAUCUAUGGAAAUCUACUCUCGUCGGGUGGCAAACCCCUGUCGUCUCCCACCCCCCGACAGCAGCAGCAACUGGCUGCGAUACAAGCUGCGAACGCCAGGAGGAUGCCUCCGGAAGUGCCCAAAAGAACGAGCAGCAUAACUCUAAACGCCGAGAGUCCGGUGUCGCUUAGACGUGCGGAAUGCGGAGCGGUCGUCAGGGGAGGAUCGAUGUCUUCCGUGCAGUCCUCGUCCUCAUCAUCAUCGCAGGAGCAUCGCCAUCACUACCACCAGCCCUACCAGCCCAGGCAGCCGGAGACGCACGUGCACGUCCCAGAGUACCUCAACGCGCGUCCCGGCGUCGUGCUGGAAGGAGAUCGGUACUCCGUCUGGAAGAGACAGGAGGCCGCUCCUUACUACGAAGCCCCCCCGCCCCCGAUGGCAGCGCCCUGCUGUAGGCCACAGCAUGAGCACCAUCAGCAUCAGCAACCGUUAAAGGUGUCAGAAACUGUCCGGAAACGCCAGUACCGCGUCGGCCUUAACUUGUUCAACAAGAAACCAGAGCGCGGCAUCGCUUACCUGAUCUCCCGCGGCUUCCUCGAGAACUCGCCGCGGGGCGUGGCAAGGUUCCUCAUCACCAGAAAGGGCCUGAGCAAACAGAUGAUCGGAGAAUACCUUGGAAACCUGCAGAAUCCAUUCAAUAUGGCAGUUCUGGAAUGCUUCGUAAACGAGCUAGACUUGUCGGGUAUGGCGGUAGACGUGGCUCUGCGCCGGUACCAGGCUCACUUCCGGUUGCCGGGCGAGGCGCAGAAGAUCGAGCGUCUGGUCGAAGCGUUCGCCAGAAGAUACUGCAUCUGCAACACAGAUUUCGUUCAAAGGUUGCGGACUCAGGACACGAUAUUCGUGUUGGCCUUCGCCAUAAUAAUGCUGAACACGGAUUUGCACACUCCGAACCUGAAGCCGGAAGCUCGCAUGUCCUUGGAAGACUUCGUGAAGAACCUUCGCGGCAUCGACGACUGCGGCGACAUCGACAGGGACAUGCUCGCUGGGAUCUACGACAGAGUCAAGGCGAACGAGUUUAGACCCGGCAGCGACCACGUCACGCAGGUGAUGAAAGUGCAAGCGACGAUAGUCGGGAAGAAGCCCCACCUCGCUCUGCCGCACCGUCGCCUCGUCUGCUACUGCAGGUUGUACGAGAUACCUGACAUACACAAGAAGGAGCGACCCGGAGUCCAUCAGAGAGAAGUAUUCCUUUUCAACGAUCUACUCGUGAUCACGAAAAUCUUCAGCAAGAAGAAAUCGUCGGUGACGUACACCUUCCGACAGUCGUUUCCGCUGUGCGGCAUGGUGGUCAGCCUGUUCUCCGUGCCUCAUUACCCGUUCGGCAUACGUUUGUCUCGUCGAGUCGACAACCGUCGCUUGUCUACGUUUAACGCUCGCAACGAGCACGACCGCUGCAAGUUCGCGGAGGACCUUCGCGAGAGUAUCGCCGAGAUGGACGAGAUGGAGGCCAUGAGGAUCGAGGGCGAACUCAACAGGGGGAAGGGAAGGAACACCGGGAACAACGCCAGGAACGUGAUGGAAAACCGAGACAGCGGCGUGGCUGAUGUUGAAAUCGAUCACCAGCAGUGCGUCGACCACGUCCACAUGCACGGCGUGGUGGUUCCUCCUCCGCCCUCGUGUCCAGCACCAGCAGCCCCCUCCAGGCUCUCCUCGAACCCACCGCCCACCAGCAUCAUCAAACGGAACGUGCUCAGCAACUCUCUAGUCGAUAUCAAUGACCCGGUGGCUCUUGCAGCGGAGCGACUCCAGCGGCGCGGGUCGGUGGGGUCCCUGGACAGCGGCAUGUCCGUCUCCUUCCAGCAGGGAAGCAGGAACGCAUUACACGCCACUUCACCGAGACAUCCCACGGAACAACGGUCGCCGGGUCGUUUGUUCGGCGGCAUAUUCCCGGGACGUAUUCGUAAGCUCAGCGCCUCCGGGAUCCCGGACGCGAAGCACGGGCAGGUCGGGAAGAGCACCGAAGUUUGAAGUGCAACGAAAACAUAAUAAUUACAGUAACGAACGAAUCCAUUCGAUUCGGAGCAAUCUUCUGCGAAUUUCCUCUCGUAAUAAUUUGGAAAUAUUGCAUUUUUUUAGGUUUACAGUUCAGAGACAGAUUUUAUUAUGAAUUUUUCAUGAUUAUGCAUGUUUAAUAGCACGCGCUCGAUAAUAUUUCGCGAUUCUCGUGGUCGGCUACAAACGUCGAAUACCUCGAUACGUUUAGUGCCAUCUUGUGUUUUUAUUUUUUUAUUUUCGGAACUACAUUGCUGGUUUUGUUUUGAAAAAUAGGCAAUGUAUCGUUAAAUGCUGUAGACGGUUCUUAAUGGCAACCUUUAAUUAAAAAAGAAUUGCUUACGUUAUUAAAAUUCGAUAAAAUAUAAUCGUUGUCGAUAAAGUCAAGAAACAUUUGUCGAUUAAGUCGAUGCUAAUUCGAUUUUCUAUGUCGAAAAUCGAUUGGUAAGUAUUUCUAAAAUUCAUUAAGUUACUUUAAAAGCAAUCGGUUUUAAGGCAAGAUUAAUACAGAACAGAAUUUGAUGAAGGAUUAUUUCAUGCGAUAAGGUGCCAACAUCUUUUUCUGUAGAAAUUAAAAAUAUAUAACCGUCGUUGUAGCGAGGUAAAAUUUUUGAAGCUUUCGAUUAUCGCAAUCCAAAAUCGAUACUAUAUCGAUUUGAGAUGUUCUCAUUAGUGUUGACUAUGAUCUAGAUAUCGAUAAAAAAAGUCGAUACAAGAGUGUACGAAUUCGGAAUUUGAGGCUCGAAGCGUUUACGUCGAGUCGUAAAUAAAUCGAAAUAUGGGUCCACGUUUACUGAUGAUAGUGUUUUGACACGUGUCAGUUAGAAAUAAAUUGUCAAUAAUUCGAAAGUGAAGCUUACUGACACCGCGCACUGCGAGCCUCCACAAUACAAUAGAGACAUCUACCUCAUUUGUGAUCUUAGCUAUUUGCAUUGACAUGUCAACAGCCUUGACAAUCCAUUACAACAAAAAUAUACCUAACAUGAAUCAUUAUUAAUGAACACUUUCUUCGUUUUGGAAGCUGGUAAUACUUACUAAUUACUUGACUUGAAGAAUUAUUGAUAAUUUAUAUUAUUAACUAGCUAGACGUAAUAGUGCCGUCGUUGUGUAUUUAAAUAAUACCAAGCAGAGUCGAAGUAAAGAAAUAGCUGAAACGUACGUUACCACAAACUAAUUUAAUAUUUUGGUGAGCUUUCGUGAGUCUUGCUCAUGAUUUAGUACACUUUUAAGGUUUAAUCUGUUCGGUUUCUUAUUUAUUCAGAUUUAUAAUUAUAAUGUUUAGUAGAGUCGAUUCAUUUCUUUAGAAUAAUUGUACAUACGUUUGGAUUAGAAAAAAAUAAUAAUAAUGCAAUAGUAACUCGAGCACAGGAUACAUCUAAAGCAAUACAUAGAUUACACUUGUUAAAUUAUAAAUUUAUAUCGAUAUAAAAACUUGAAAAAAAAAACGAAUUUAUUCAUAAUUGUUGAAGAUUUUUAAUAGAUUUAGAUUUUGAUGAAAAAUUGAAUAACUUAGAGGAGUUCUUAAAAAAUUGUACUUAAUAUGUUUCUCGAGUUGUCUCGAUAAUUUUCAUCGAUAAUCGAUUGAUCUUUAAAACGGAAUCACUGAAGUUAUCGAUUAAGAUUAUCUCGAUAACUGAAUUCUAUCUAAUCUCCCAUCCCUGUUUGUUGUAAACGAAUUCUUCCAAAAUUAUGUACGAUUUUCUUCACACGACUGUACAAAAAGGCUGCUUUUGACUUUUCGACUUCCAACUUACGUUUUAUUUUCUUUUGAAGUGUACCCGGUAGCGAUAUGUACUUAUAAGAAUAUGAUCGAUCUUGUGAAACAGUCUUAUAUUAGUACUUACAACGCCACUAUCGAGAUAAAUUAUUAUUAUCAAAAAAAAAUCGGGAUUUUUUGCUUCAUGAACAUUUACACUCAAUGUAGGAUUUUUAUACUUUCAUUCGCCGAACAUCACUAUCUUUUGACGUCAUAAGAUCGGUUUGCCUACAUUCGUACCGAAGUGAAUUUUAAGUUAAAAUGGCUCGUCAUAGUCGUCGCGUGCUUCGAAAAAAGCUUUAGUGAAAGCGAAAUAUUAAACCAAAAGUAAGCAACUGUCUACUAUGAUCCAUUAAUUCCUUAAGGCUUACCAACAGAAGUUACAGUAGAACAUAAAUAAAAAUUAUUCAAUAUUAGAACACAUGUUUAAUGUAACUCUAAUAAUACACAGCCUUAGCUUACAUUAAAUAAUGCGAACUAAUAAAAGAAAAAGAAAACAAUAAUAGAAAUACCUAAGUAACCUAUUCAACUAAUUUUAAAGAGUAUUUUAAAAUUCAUAAAUGAUUUUCUUAAUACAAUUAACAAUAAAUAUCCUUUGUAUUUAACAGACGAAGGACUUUAAAAGCCUUAAGGAAUACUUAAUUUUAAGCUGCGGUUUCGAAAAUUAUCGUCCUUGGUUAGAUUCAGUUUACCAUUUUUCAAGACUUCAAUAUUUAUAGGAGUUAAUUCAGUACGAUAUUUUCUGUUGCAAGAUCGAUCAUAACAUCAUUUAAGUAACAUUAACUAGGAAACUGUUGACUUUGUACGCGUUACUUAGACUUGUUAUAUGUACUGUUCGAUAACAGUUAGUUAAUAGCCGCGUUUGUUGAAUAAUAUUAAAAUACGUAUAACAUAUAUAGUGACGUCAUAAAUUUCUCUAAUCUAAAACUGUUUAUUUUUUUAAAUCUGAACUUAUUUCUUUUUCGUGUCAUUUUUACUAUUAUUAUAAAAUAUAUUGACGUAUCCUUUAUAACAGUUUUUGUUUGAUUGGCGAUAAAGCAAAAGCUUAAGUUUAUUAUUACAGUAUUUUAUGACAGGUUUUGUCAAAUUAAUAAAAUCAUAGCACGUUUGUCAUGUAAAUAAAUAUUUACAGAAGAAGCGUGAUUGUAAAGUUGGUUCUAUUGCCUCUGUGUUACGCAUACAUUGCCUAGUGAAAAGAUGUGAACGAAUAAUGGAAUAGAUCACAGUUAAUUUUAAAAUUCAACCAACUCUCAACUCUAGAAUUUUCUAGGGAUAUCUCUUCCAAUUUUAAAUAUAAGUCCUAAACUUUUUUCAUUCGAGUAUUUUUUCGCGCUGCCGUAAUGCGAUUGAUACUGCGGACUCCACAAACGUAAUCUAAUUGUGUACGCUUGAAUAGGGAUUAUGCAUGUAUUUUUUGAAACCAUUCUACUAGUUAUUGCUUUACCAAAAACAAAUAUAACACAUCCGUAAUACAAACCAUUCGGCAAUUUUUUAUUUAUUAAAAUCACUAUAAUUUUGGGGCUAUUUAAAGGCGGCCAUUUUGGCACGCUUUUUCUGUGACGUCAGAUUACAUUAAAACCGGUUUCAGUCAUUAUGUUGAGUCUUUCUACACAAGAAUGUAAUAAUUUAACACUGAGAACUUAUUAUUUAUUAACUUAACAUGAAACAAAUGAUACACAUAAUCACUAGAAGCCAUACAAACAACUUGUUGACCCUGUUGACAGUGUAGUUUGACGUCACAUUUUGUUCCACCAAUAGCGUUGCGUUUUAGAAAUUUGCGAGGGAAUUUGAAAAAAGCCAAUUUUUUAUGAUUAAAUUUCACUAUUAAAUCAUGAUAAAUUUCAAAAAUAAUUGUAUAGGUAUGUGUUUUUAGCAAUCAAAUUUACAAAUAAAAAUGUUUUUUCCAUCUUGGAGUCACGUGCAUAUUCCCUAUUAUCGCGUCAAUCGAGCCAUCGACGAGCAUCAAUUAAUUCAGUGACAAAGAGCCAAUUCGCUUUUGCAGAUUUAAUGAGAAUCUCCCCAUCAUAAUGACGUAAAAUUCAUUGGGAUUUUCAGGAUUAAAUGUGUGCGUGUGUGGGUUUUCCCAUGAAGUGUUCUGAUAAACGCGGUAGUUCAGAAAAACUAUCGCCAAAUUUGUCAUGCGCGACGAAAUUAAUGGAAUUGAUAAAUGUGUUUUUUGUUCGUUCGAAUUUGAACUUUAUUGCUAAGUUUAGAGAAAAAAAAAAACUUUCUAAUGCGGUUCUUUGAGUCUUAUAGCGAGACUUAAAAUAAUAGCUAGAUAUAUUUAAAUUGAAAAUGAAUCAUUGUAUUUGUAUGGCUGAGGUAUACAGCAUCUGGAAACACGUCAGAAUCUCUUUAAAUGCUUAUUUCCAUUAUUAAAGUUUAUUCCUGUAUAGAAUAGUGAAAGUAUUUACUUUUUUAAAUGAUUUUUCGAAUGUGUGGUUCAUUGAAAUUGAAAUGAAAAGCUAUUUGGCUUAAGCAACAUUUCCCUUAAUAAUCUACAUUUAUCUUUGUAAUUACUUACUUACUUACUUAAUAAUUAGGUUCGUUUUAUUUAUUAAUUUAUUUAAUAUAUUUUGUACACACAGCUGUUAGAAAAAACACGACAAUACGGAUACAGAGUACAAGGGCACUACUUAUUUCAUGUUGAAAUCUCUUCCAGUAGGCCCGCAAAAGGAGAGAAGAAUAAGGAACUCAAACCUAGUGCAUACAGUAAACAUUACAUAUAAUAAUAUAUACAUAUUACAAGAUACAAAACAAUAUAUAUACAUACAAAUAUACACACACACACAUAUAUAUAUAUAUAUACACAUACACACAUACUUACUUUAUAUUAUAAUACAUUAUACAAAUAUAACAUAUACUUUUAUUUAAGAUGGUAAGGAUAAAUAGUUUUAUUUGGUAUUAGUAUCAACAAUUCGAUGUUUUUAAUUGAAGUUUAAUUAUGUUUACCCCAUUCGAAUAGCCGAAGAAGUUUUUUUUUCUUGAUAUUUUUUCCAAAUUUUAAACUUCAAACGGCUCGCCUGUAAAGUUGCAAAAAUGUUGCUUAAACCAAUUAGCCUUUCACGCCUCGAUAUAAUGAUAGGGUUGUCAUCGUUUGGUCGAUACCUAAAUGUGUCCAUACAAAAAGUAACCAUGUUGUAAAAGAAUAAUUCGAAGAGUUCUUUCUUUUCAAUUGUCUUUAUUUAAGACGUUCCCUAGUUUAAUGAGGAUUUAUAUUCUGUAUAAUGAAAAUCGUAUCGAGUUUAAACUUAAUAAAUAAAAAGAUAUUUCUUAUAUAUUUUUUUUUUAAAUAAGAAAUUAUAUCGUGUGGAAAUAUUUGCUUUUUGUAAAUUUCGCUUAGAGCCAAAGAUGUAAUAUUUUCUGUGUUCAGCGCCUUUCAAAAGAACUGUCGAAUUAAAUACGAUUCUCGACGAAUACCAUUGUAUUCCAAUUUAAUUCUUCGAUUAAAUACAAAAGUCUUAAAAACGAUGAAAGAGUUUUGUUUUGUAGAAAAUUGUUUCUUACAUCUUUAAUUUUAAGAUUGAACUUAUUUCUAUGAUUCACUUCUCACUUAAUCUUUUUUGCAUAAUAUGAACAUUAUGUGUCAAAAUACGUAAUUAUUUUUAAGCUAUUGCAUAGCUUUUAUCGCGGGCUUUGAGCGCGGCGACCGAAUCAAGAAAUUCCAUAACGAAAAUAAAACCUAACACCCAUCCCCACUCCGCCUACCAUGUAGCUCGCGUUCAACACAUUCGCACGUUGCGCUUGUGUAGUGUUUGUGAAAAAGCGCGCGGUAUGACGUCGCACUGCAUCAUGAAAAGUCUGCCCAUCUCUCUCUCGCGCGGUCUAACUUAUGAGUGUGAAGGGGACAGUUAAUGUUUUGCUUUCGUUAAUGAUUAGAAAUAUAGCGUGCUCUUAUUUUAUUAUUGUUUUAAUAUUCAAUUGUUAUUGUCUAAUUAUAAUUGCAUAAGUUGAUAAAGAAUGCUAUGCAAUAGCUUUACCGCGGCAGUCCCCGAGUGCCACGCGUGUUUUUUUUUAUAUUUAUUUUCAUGAAUAGUAAAAUGUUUGCGUAAUUUUGUAUUCUUCCCUACUUAAAUGCUAUAUAAAUCUACUUAGUAAUAAAUGCUUAAUUAAAAAAAGAAUUGUAAUAAAAAUAUUUUCAAUGCAUAAUGUUCAUAAAUUAAUUUAAUAAUUAAAUCUACUAUCUUUAGUUAUAAGUUUUUUUUUUCUGUAACAUAAACACUAACUUGUAUCUCCCUGUAUGUAUAUUAAAGAGUACUUUUCUAAUAUAUAUCCUUUAGUUCGUAAAUUGUUGAAUAAAAUUUAGAAAUAAGUAACGAACGCGUGACAUUUGCGUAUUUCUUGGGCGUGUCCACUCAUUAAAGCCUAACUGUAUGCACAGCAAAACUGUAGACAUCAAGUUUAUAAACGAAAUUAAUUGAUAGACACAAAACUUUGUAGACGGAUAUCUUUUAUUAAAAAUUAUAACUUUGAUUAUUGAAUAACGAGAGUAGGUGUUUCGGUUAAUUAAGAUUAUGAAAGAUUCUUUUUUUUUUGUUAAAUUCGAAGUAAAAUUAGAAGUAAUGUAUUUUCGUGUUUGGGUUUCAGAUAUCAAUUGUAUGUUUUGGAUUGACAGUAGCUAUAACAAUAACUUUCCAUUUUUUCCGGAGAUGGUGAUUUAUGGUUGGAAUAUUACAUGUCCAAACUGUUAUUUAAAAUAGGGUAUCUUUAAAUAUUUCACGUCCACAUAAUUUCGGUAUUUAGUAAAUAGUGAAGAUGCCUUCACUAUUGUCCGCAAGUGUACAUACACAUUGUACACUUGUGAACAUGAAUAAAAAUGUGUUGACAUAUAUUUGUUUCCGUCAAAUUUCAAAUGCACACAAAGGUUUACAAGAUGCAUACAGCUGAGUUUUGCUGAGUAGCCUCGCCUCACAAUGUAUCUAUAAUAUUGUUGAGAGUUGCUACAACUAAGUCACUUACAAUAGUUCUAUUUAAAAAAAAUACAAUGGAAAACGUAUUUAUUUAUUAAAUAUGAAUUAACAUUCAUGAGGGAAA